AUGAGUAACCAAGCGAUCAGCUUCCUUAAGGACUUCCUGGCUGGCGGGGUUGCUGCUGCUAUUUCCAAGACAGCUGUCGCCCCCAUAGAAAGAGUUAAAUUGCUGCUGCAGGUCCAGCAUGCCAGCCAACAGAUCACAGUUGACAAGCAGUACAAGGGAAUCAUGGACUGCGUGGUGAGGAUACCCAAGGAACAGGGCAUCAUUUCCUUCUGGAGAGGCAACCUGGCCAAUGUCAUCCGUUACUUCCCCACGCAGGCCCUCAACUUUGCUUUUAAGGACAAGUACAAGCAGAUCUUCUUGGGGGGAGUGGACAGGCACAAGCAGUUUUGGCGCUACUUCGCAGGGAACCUGGCCUCUGGAGGUGCUGCGGGAGCCACCUCCCUCUGCUUCGUUUACCCUCUGGAUUUUGCCAGAACCAGGCUGGCUGCUGACGUGGGCAAAGGGAUGAGUGAGAGGCAGUUCACAGGGCUGGGCAACUGCAUUGGCAAGAUCUUCAAAUCUGAUGGCCUCAGAGGGCUCUACCAAGGAUUCAACGUGUCAGUCCAGGGCAUCAUUAUCUAUAGAGCAGCCUAUUUUGGGGUUUAUGACACAGCCAAGGGUAUGAUGCCUGAUCCCAAGAACGUGCACAUCGUAGUGAGUUGGAUGAUUGCCCAGUCGGUCACCGCUGUAGCGGGGCUGGUGUCCUACCCUUUUGACACAGUCCGACGUAGGAUGAUGAUGCAGUCUGGCCGAAAGGGAGCUGAUAUUAUGUACAAGGGCACAAUUGAUUGUUGGAAGAAGAUAGCUAAAGAUGAAGGAGCCAAAGCUUUCUUCAAAGGCGCCUGGUCCAAUGUGUUGAGAGGCAUGGGCGGUGCUUUCGUAUUAGUAUUGUAUGAUGAAAUCAAGAAAUUUGUCUAAAGUAAAUAAAACUAUUCUGUUCAGUUGUG